GGAGGAGCGGCGCGCGUCCACAGCUCUCGCGCUCUCUCUGUCCGUGUCUGUUCGAUGAUCGCGCGGAGAGACGCCACGUCGUCUGAUGCCAAGGUAUCGUCGCUGUUUGUUUGUUUGUGGUGAGGACGGCCAAAGUAAAAUAAAAAAGCCAUCGAGCAGCGCAGGAGAGGAGAGAUUUGAACGGACUCGCACACGACAAAAAGCGGGAAACGCGGAGUCGACACGCGGGGCCGCCCGGGACCUCGCGCGGAGGUUGGCGGGGCUUGUUUUGAAACUCAGCUGCCGGGGAAGGAGGAACGGGGGUGGGGUUGGUGGGUGGCAGCAAGAAGGGGAGGGGGAGAAGCAGCAGCAGCAGCGGUCGCCUCAACGGCAGCAAAGCGCCACAGGACAAACCCGAAAAGUGUGUUUGAAGGAAUCUGUCAUAUUUAUGUUGGGUAAGUUGACGUCGCCUUAAAGCGAGUGGAGCAUUAGCGCGGAGACUAUUCGUGGACAUUGCGUGCUCAGCGAGGUUGUACGCUUCUCUUCUCGAGUCGCUUGGGCGAACUGUGCCAUGCAGCAGAGCAAGACAGCAGAACGCGACAUUCUCAUUUAAAGACAAAAGUAAUGAUGUACGUGAGGAGGGCGGCCGUGAAGACGGCUGCAGAGUGAACCGAGCAACGGGCACGAUGAGCCGGCGGGGAGCGGGGGCUCCUGCCUCGGGCGCGGCGGGGGGCAAGCAGGCGUCCGAGCAGUGCUACGUGUGCGUGGUCCUUCCAAACGACGAGUACCUCACCCUAUCCAGCACCCUGAAGACAACAGGACAUGAGAUAUUUGUGGAGGUGUGCGACACCCUUCACGUAAAGGAGCCGCAGCUCUUUGGCCUCAGUGUCGUCGCAAACAACGAACACAUAUUUAUGGAUCUCGAACAAAAGUUGACAAAAUACUGCCCGAAGGAAUGGAAGAAGGAAAGCAGCCGCGGUGCUGAUUUUGGACCCCCUCUGACCCUCUUUUUCAAAGUACAAUUCUACGUCGAAAAUGGGAAGCUGAUCAGUGACAAGACGACUCGCCACUACUACUACCUGCAAAUGAGGAAGCAGGUGCUGUCGUCACGGUGCCCGCAGAAUGAAGAGGCCUACUUUCUGCUGGCUGCGUACGCCCUGCAGGCCGACUUGGGAAACUACCAUAAGAGCAAGCACGUCAGCGGCUACUUCCAGCCCAAGAAUUACUUCCCGGAAUGGGUGGUGCGGAAGCGCGGCAUGGAGUACCUGCUGCGGCACGUGCCCGGGGUUCACCGUGAGCAGACGGGGAUCUCGCCCGAGGAGGCCGAGCUGCGCUUCGUCCGCGAGGCGUCGCGCCUCGCGGACGUCGCGGUGCACUACUACCGCCUCCAGCGGAAUAAGAAAGAGUCUGAAGCCUCAUUGUUGCUGGGGGUGAUGCUGAAAGGAAUUCAGAUUUUUCAGGAGGCUGGAGAAACCAGACACUUACUUUAUGACUUUCCCUGGUUCAAUGUCGGAAAGUUAACAUUUCUGGGUAAGAAGUUUGAACUGGAGCCGGACGGGUUGCCUUCUGCCCGCAAGCUCACCUACUACACGGGCUGCCCGACACGCUCGCGUCAUCUCUUGCGGCUGCUGAGCGAGACGCACCGCCUCUUCCUGAGUACCCAGCAGCGCCUGCUCAAGCUGCAGCGCCUGGAAGACAAGGAGGCUAAGUUGCGCUACCGUGAGUCGUACAUCAGCGACACGCUGGAGCUGGAGCUCGAGACCCUGGAGGGAGCGCCGCGGUCUCACGGCGGCAGCGGAGGCACCGGCGACAAGCGCUGGUCGGGCCACUCGGGCGCGAGCCGAGCGAGCACGCAUACAUCGGGCAUCGAGGCAGACACGAGGCAGCGUCUGGCUGACAGGGGCAGCACGGCAUCCACCAAGCGAGUUGGACUUGAAGCGGUGGAAGUCUCUGUUGACGAGCCACAGCAGAUGGUUUUCAGUGAGGAGAUGCACGACCUGCUGCCCAGCCUGCACUCUGGCCAAGAGAUGAUUGUGUACCAAGAAGACCUCGGCAUCUUGGUGGCUCCGGCGGCGGUCGGGUCCACCACCGUCAAACUGCGUGGCACCAGCACCGACUGCUUGCCCCAGGUGGUGACGCGAGCGCCCGAGCCACGUGUCUCGAGCGACCGACACAGCCAGAGCCUGGACGACGUGCGGCUCUACCAGGGCGAUCGGCCCCUUGCGGUGGCCGUUGACCCCGACGUGUCCCAGAGCUACACGUUUGGCUGCUCGCUGCAGGGCGGCAGCGUCACCGCGGCCGGUUGCCACGGGGGUGGCGGUGGCGGCGGAUACCACGCCGCGUCGAGGGGGGAGAGGCCUUCGGACAAGUACGGCUUUGGGCCCUUGCACCAGCCGUGUCUCGUCAAGCGCGCCAGCAACUGCCUCUCGCUCGACUUAAUUGGUGGCGAUGGUUUUCUGGAGUUUGUGGUUUGACUUGAUGCGUUGGUGUACGCUAAAUGCGUUGUGGAUUUAUUUUGUGUCUAAAGGCCACUGGCGUGUAAGAGUAGACCAGAAUACCCUCCGGAGAGGCUCUUUAGAGCUUCCUCUCAUGGAAGUCCUUCCACCACCAGUGGCAUAAGCGAGAAAUUGCAGGGGCUUCACCUCUACCUAAAUGCCACUGCAUCUCGAAUAUCUGUAUUAAAGGGAUGGGGCUGUGAAGCAACAAACAAAUGUGAUGAACAAAGAGGAGUUUUUUCUACAGUAUCUUAUGAAAGAAACUAAAAUCAAACUUGCCUAUUUUGAGCAAGUUUGUACACAUUCCGAUUUUUAUAAUAAUUAUAGGAUUUUAGUGUAGAACGCAACUCUCCUGGCAGUUUUGACACAUUUUUAUGGUAAUACAUAAAAGCCAGACUUAACUUGCAAGUGAAGUAUAAACACACUUAAUGUUUAAUAAUAUUUAUACAAGAGUACAUAAAUGUGGAAAAAAUAAAUACAUAUGGGCAACGCGUGGUGUUAAUUUGCAAUUACAAAUGAACUCAGAGUAUGUACGCUUGAUUAUAUUUGGACAAAGUACGUAUUGAUAUUAAUUGUAUUUAUUUACAUGCUGAUACCAUGACAUUACUCUUAAUUAUUUUAAUGAUAUACAUGUCUGUAUUAGAGUGGCUAGCGUUGAGAGGUGAGAUUAUUUUUUUCUCCUUUAAGCACUAGAAGUGUAAAAUAUUUGCCCAAUUGUUCGGAGCAACAAAUGAUGCAUGCUUUGAUGCACAUGGUAGCACAAUGAUGGGUUCUGCUCCAAAUUGUCAGAAGAAUGGCCAAGUUGAACGCUAUUUCAUGCAGCGUUAUUUUCUACCAAAAAAAAUCAGUAAAAAGUAUUUAAUUUCUACCGAAAUAUAUAUCCCACAAUUGAAAUGUAACUUCACGAGGCUGCUUGUUUGUGGGGUGAAGAUGAGAACCUACAGCAACCUUUACCUGACAUGGAUUCAUCAACCCAAAAUCAAGGGAUUGUUGUAUUUAUAAACUUUACGAACAACUUAAUUCGUGCCAAGUAUUAUUCUACCGUUAAUUGUAAAUACAAUGAAAUGCAGAGGGAAACAUUGACAUGAUACAUUAUACAUUUAUUUCCAGAAGUAAUUACGUGUAUUGUGCAUUCGUGGAAUGUUCCUGUGGUACUGUAUUUACAAAUUUGCCAAUCAUGAAAUAAUAUUUUCCCAAUGUCAUAUGUGCGCCACCUAGUGGCGUGUGUAUGUAAUGACACGUGGUGAACAUCUCUGGUGCAGAUAAUUCGAAGAAAACAACACUCCUUGAACGCAUGUAACGGCUUCGGGUGACAAAUGUAUCUAAAGCCUUUACACAAAAAGGUAAUUUUGUUAACAGCGCGUAGUGCUGAACUCUACAGCUCACUCGCGAUUAAUUGUUAACCUUCAUUUGAGCAGGCAGGUUUGACACAUUCCUAAACCCCAUGUUAUUCCAUGCCAUUGCAGUCUGGCAGAAAGAAGCACACUGCCACUUCAUCCAAUGAGUGGCUGCAUUCUAACCUUUAUUCAACAAAAGCACAGACUACAGUUACUAGCAAAAUGCCCCCCAUGCUGUUUAAUUCACAAUCAAAAUCAGCCGUGAUCGAUUCAUCGCUGUGCUCUUUGUUUAUAGGUCACUUGUAGCAUUUUCAUCAGUUGUGCACAUUUCAAAUGCAUGGUUAUUUAUACACGAAAUACUAUUUAUUAAAUCCUGAUAUAAAUCGAUUUAAGCUGUUAGAUGCUGUACAUUUUGCUUGAAAUACCUAUAUUGUUACCAACGUGUGCCAAAAUAUUCAGCACUUCCUAAUGUGUACAUUUAAACUUUAUAAAACAACAUACUAUGAAUGCAGUACAGUCAGUUUAAAAGAAUCAUUCGUAUGCCUCGAAUAAAAAUAGGCGUAUGAAAUAAUGAUCUGGCUCCCAAAGGGGUAAUGUAUUUUAUAAAUACUCGCCACAAUGUUUUUAAGACUGGAUAAAUAAAAAUAAUACCGUAUAGCUUCGGAAGACACCGCCAAGCUAUGAAAAAAAAUCGAAUUUGUAAAUUACAGUAAUUAUUUUGGCAAAAAAACUAAUAUAAAUAAGAUGCCUGAUGUUUUUGGCUUACAGGUAUCAGUAAUUACCAUGAGUGUAAUUUCUGAAGCGUUAACAUUACACUGUUUCGUACAAUAACCUACAGCCAUUUGUCAAUCUACUGCUGGAUGCAGGCCUCCACGUGUUGGUGCAACUGCCCUGUAUCAUGGUAUAUUUUUAUCACACUACUUGAGGAUGCGUUAUUUUUCCAAAAAAAUACUUAUAAUCGAUGGAAUUGACAUUUUGACGCUAUUCAGCUUUAAAAGUAAAGAAGGGACAUGUUUUGUAAACACUGUCAACGGUUUCUCUUUCUCAUCAUGUUCCCUCCAGUCUUGACUUGUUCUGGAAUUGUUUCACCGACCAAUCUUGGACUCAUCGUUCAUUCCGUGGCCCAUCGAAUACGAAUGCCAGACAGCAGGAGAAACGGAGAUAACCCGACGGUAAUUUGAGCGGAGGGAAAUCUCUGUAGAGCUUGGACUCAAAAGUAGGAAUUGCCAGCUUUGGCAAACCCUACUUUUGGAGGGUUUCAGAAACCCUGAGAGAACCGGCCAGGCUUCCUGUGUAUGCCGGGUUGUGUGCGUGUGUGGGUACGGCCAUUUGAACAAAGUUUUGAAAUGUGACCAACGUAACCCUGUGAGCAGUUUCCCCCCCCCCCCCCCCCAGAACAUUGACUUCUGGUAACAGUAUUUUCAACUUGUCAACAAGACCAACUGUAUUUCAAAUGUAACAUUUGUAAAUUACCUUUGUAUUACAGCACCACUUUUGUAAGUUAUAAGUGUUCUAUUAUUAUUAAUUCAUUUACACUUUGCAAUUAUUAAGACACUUGGCAAUUGUUACUGUUAUCGUUUGUCAGCGUCCACUAUGCAGUCGUGUAACUAUGCAAGCAUUGUGUAUACAAUCAGGUUCUUGCAAUUGCAGUGGAUUCACAUUUUUAAAAGUUAAGAAAAGAGUUGUUAAAUCAAUGUGAUGGUAUUAUUGACUCACUCGGUGGAGCGGCUAUCGAGUGUGCGGCCGAUGCACCGCCAACGUGGCCCAUGGACCAGAGGGGCCCCAGGCACCGAGUUGCCAGUGAGGGGAGACAUUGGACAGGAGUUGGGGGAGGGCGUUUCAUCCUUUGCACAAGGGCCCAUGUCAACCAUGCUACGCCACUGGGUUUCAUUAUAAUAUGACAGUAGUUGUGUGUUUUGUGUAGAAAGAAAUGACCAACAAUAAGCUUUGCUGUCCGCGUGUACUUUCCAAUGGAGAGACGGUGCUUAAAAUAAACUUAUCCUGUGUAACUUAA